UAAGUUUCCUAUUUUACAAAUGCCACCACAGGUCCUCUAUUCACUUUAUUAACUUUAAGUUAAUUUCUGCCGUCAAUGGAAUAACUUUGAACACGGCAAUCACGCCUGCGCAGUGCGGGUCCAUCAGCCGCACAUGCGCUGUUUGGUGUAAUAUUGUGUUGGGGAAAUGGGACCCAAUGGGUCCGCGCUUUGUCUAGUAUACUAUAAAUGUGGCCACACCAUUGUCUUGUACUUACAGACAUAGAGUGAUACAGAGUGGAAACAGGCCCUUCGGCCCAACUUGCCCACACCAGCCAAUAUAUCCCAUCUACACGUCCCAGUUGCCUGCAUUUGGCCCACAUCCCUGUCCCACCCAUGAACCUGUUCUAAAUGUUUCUUAAGCAUUGCAAUAGCACCUGCCACAACUACCUCUUCCGGCAGCUCGUUCCAUACACCCACCACCCUUUGUGCGAAAACGUUACCCCUCAGGUUCCUCUUAAAUCUUUCUCCCCUCACCUUAAACCUAUGUCCUCUGGUUCUCAAUUCCCCAACUCUGGGCAAGAGACUCUGUGCAUCUAUCCAAUCUAUUCCUCUCAUGAUUCCUCUCGUCACUGUUGAACUGUGAGGGAAUGGUAAGGAAGGGCGAAUGAGCAUGAAAGUGGUGUCAGUCACAAGGCAGUGUCAGUGUUUACUGAUUGCUGGAAUAGAGAGUUGAACCCUGCCCCGGCAUGUCAGAGGAGCCAAGCCCAGUUACAUAAUCAAAACUCCGUAGAUUUCCCACAUGCACCCGGAAGAACCAAAGAUCAAGAACUCGUUUCGACUUUUAGCUAGAAAAACUUUAAAUUUUAAAUUUAGAGAGGACAAAAAUGAUUGUCCACGGAUAUUGAACAGUAUCGUCAGUUUGUAUUGUGUAAUAAUCAAUUGAUUUUCUGGUUCAUUUUAGCUGGCGUGCUGGUUUCCCGUUUACUCCUGUGCUGAAACCUACUCAAGAUUGUUAGGUGAAGGCGAACCUUAAGAUGUCAACAUGUCAGCUUGGAAACCUCUGCCCCUGAACAUAAAUUCCCAGAACAGUCUUGCCGCAAAGGGUUUCCGCAGCGUAAGGCCAAAAUUCCUCACAUGUGACAGGAAGCCAGCGCUCCAGCAAAAUGGGAAGGUGGAUCCCAAAGAGAGAAAUGACAACACACGUACAGAAGAUUGCCUCUCUUCACAUCUACCAAACCAAGAGACAUCUUCGAUGAGAGCUCAGUCAAGCAUCCCACGUGAUAAUGAAACAGACUUCAAGGACAAAGAAGUUAAUACAUCCGAUUCAGAAAUGGACCUCCACCCAGUCUACAAAAUCACGCUUCAAACUGCGGGACAAAAGAUGACCACUGCCAAUGUUUUGCCUGCUACUUCUGCAAUAACUUCAGAAAAGGGAGCCUCGCCUUUAAUAACAGAAAAAGUUCCAUCUGAAGUUAUGCCAAAGGCCUGGUACAUAUCAAUGUUUAAAGAUGAUCACACUAUACAAAAGGCAGAUGAUGAUGGAUGGUCUUCUAAUACCGAGGCCAGGCUGGAACCUAACGCAACUAAACAGUCCUUUCCCAUAGUUGUUACAUCAAGGUUAACAGAACCAUUUCCCUACAAUUCAACAACCAAGGACAAGUGUACAAUCAAAAUGCCAUUUCCGUCAGACCCACAGCGCAAUUCUGAUGAUGAAAUGCAAAACUGUAACACCCAGUCGCAGUGUCUACAGCCUAAAUCUUCAGAUGCCCAAAGAGGCCAAAAUGGUUCCAAUCCCUUAUCAGCCCACUCUCUUGAUAGUACGGGUUGGAAUUGGAAAAACAAUGCUCCUUCCAGCGAUCGUCAGCAUACAAGCUCCAUGGAAAUAUUGUCUGGUUCGCUGACAGCAAAAGAACUUCAUCCACAUUUUUCGACUACAGCCAAUCCAGAAAAGAAUGACUGGGCGCCUCACAUGGGAAACAUCGAUACCUCCAGCGGUCACGCUGAAGCAGGGAAUGUGCGUGUUUAUGAGGGUGGAAAGUCAUCUGUUUCACAUCAUAGUUGCCAAACAUCGACACGGAAUGCAACAUCAGUGGAUCCAGUUCUACAUAGGACUGGAUCAGUCCCGGCAUUAGAAGCAACAACCAGACAUCUGACGAUCCUAGAUCCUGUACGACACGCAAGCCCAGGCACAGAUACAGACCCAUGCUUGGAAAUCAGGCGUGACUCAACUAAUCUCAAUUCAGUAGACAUCGAAAAUGAUACCAAUCUGAACCGGCAGAACCAAAAGCAAAAACCACAAGAGGAGAUAUCUGAUCCAAAACAUCAACAGAAUAUGGAAUGGAUUACACGAGCCAAAUAUGACUUCCAUGGUCAAACGUCAAAGGAACUGGCUGUCAAAAAGGGAGACUUGGUCUUUAUCCACAGACAGAGAGAUAACAACUGGUUUGUGGCCGAAUGCAAAGGAAACAGAGGCUUGCUCCCAGUUUGCUAUGUGGAGUCCCCUUCUGAGUUUCAACCGCACGGAACUACCAUCGAUGAAGUAGCAGUUGCCAAAUUCAGAUUCGCGGCUUUGACGGACAUAGAGUUGCCGCUUGAAAAGAAUCAGAUGGUAAUUUUGCUCCGGAGGAUAGAUGAGAACUGGUACGAAGGAAAGGCCCCUGGGACAGAUCGGAAGGGGAUAUUUCCUGUUACAUAUGUUGAAGUGAUUGGAAAACCACCAGGCGAUCACAUGUGCCACCGAGAUCACACGCCAACACCUGCAAGUCAUUUGGAUACAGAGGUGGCUUCACAGAGGUCUUUACAUCAGCUUCAUCAAAGAAACGUGAAUUAUGACAACGCUCAGCUUGGUGAAGAAAUAUACUUGGCUUUAUAUUCAUUUGUCCCUAAGAAGCUCGAUGAGCUUGAGCUCAGACAAGGAGACCACGUUAAAGUUAUUAAAAAAUGCGAUGAUGGAUGGUACUUGGGUACAUCUAUAAGAACCAAGAAGUUUGGCACCUUCCCAGGAAAUUAUGUGCGGAAAUUUGAAUUGGUUUAAUAACCAUUAACCAAGUUACGGACUAUAUUAGGAAAUGCUUUAAAAUGGACAGGAAAUGGAAAGAACGUCCAAUCUGUAAUGACGAUCAAAAUGUCAAUGGUCAAAUUAAAUUGACUGGAAUUUCCUAAA